AUGAAUGACAAAUAUUGUGUUCUGAUUAACAAUGGCAUCCUAGAGGGAAAUUGGUCAAAUGAUUAUAGAUAUGGUAAACCACCAACUCACUGGAGUGGCAGCUAUGCCAUCCUCAAACAGUGGUAUGCCUCCCUCUGCAGCAGGGUCAAGUACGGACAGUGCUGGGUGUUUGCCGGUGUUAUGUGUUCAGUGAUGCGCCUGCUGGGAAUCCCCUGCCGUGUGGUAACCAACUUCCAGUCUGCUCAUGACACCAACCAGAACUUAAUCAUAGACAACUACUAUGAUGAAUAUGGAAUUAAAGACAAAGCUACCCGUGACAGCAUCUGGAACUUCCACGUCUGGGUAGAGGGAUGGAUGAGGCGACCAGAUCUGGCAGAUGAUGGCAGAUAUGAUGGCUGGCAGGUUCUAGAUGCAACUCCACAGGAAAAGAGUGAAGGUAUGUACUGCUGUGGUCCAGCUCCAGUCAAAGCCAUCCUGAACGGGGACACUCACCUCAAAUAUGAUGUACCGUUUGUCUUCGCUGAAGUCAAUGCUGACCGUGUGAACUGGCAGAUCAGAAGAGAUGGAUCCAAGAUAAAGAUAUCAUCUGACACCAGGACCGUUGGGCGGUACAUCUCCACAAAGUGCCUGGGGUCAGACCAGAGGCUGGACAUCACAGAUACCUACAAACACAGAGAAGGAACGGCGCACGAAAGGAAUGUCUUCAAUAACGCCCUGGACAGAUUGGAGAAUGGAUCAGGAGAAUCCACCCUGCGAAGAAAUGAGGCACCACAACUGACCAUUCAAUUUAAACAGGAGUCCACACCUGUGAAUGGUCAGGAUGUGAACUUGAAGCUGGUGCUGAACAGUGACAGCAGCGCUGCCAGGAAGCUGUUCAUCAACAUUAAUGUCCAGGCCAUGAGGUACACUGGCAAACCAGUAGCGAACAUCCAGAAUCAGGUUAUCGAGAAGGAACUGCUCCCUGGGAAAGAUUUGAUCAUCCCAAUCCAUGUCCCAUACUCGACCUACAAUAAACGCAUGGUACACUGUGAGAGCAUGAAUUUUUCAGCCUUGAUCACAGACCUGCAGAAUGAAGAUAACAUAUACCUGGGAAGCAAAUGUGUUGUGCUGAAAGACCCGCCAAUGACUAUCAGAGUUUCUGACGAAGUAAGAGUGAAACAGGAAAUGACUGUCGAAGUGGCUUUCACAAAUCCAGUCAACGAGAUCCUGAGAAAUUGCACUCUGACUCUCUCUGGAACGGGCUUGUUUAAAUGGGAGGAAAUAGCCAGACUUCCAGAUCUGAUGCCAAACAAAACAUUACUUGUCAAAUUGAACAUUGUUCCCUACAAGAGCGGAAAAAAGACUUUACUGGUCGACUUUGACUGUGCCUCCUUCAGAGACAUAAAGACCAGCUGCAUUGUUCAUGUCAAACCUUGAACUCUUCUGAUGUACUUUUCCUCUGAAUGCAUUUAACGCAAACGCUGCGGCAUUUAUAUCUGCUGAAGGCUUCAGAAAUGUUAUUGUAGUUCAGAAAUCAUUGUAAUAAGGGGUAUUUUGUUAAAUGGCAGUAUGGACAAGGCAUUAUUUUUGUAUAUUUUAUUUUUCUUACUAACUUUAUACGUUUUCUACUUUUAUAACUUGGAAAAUCAUAAACGUGCUAUGAAGAAGAAUUUGUAAA